GAUAUAAAUUGCAACAGAUUGUGUAGCUGAUACGCAAGAAUUUGUAGGAGCAUCACUGAUUUCAACUGACUGACAUUUAUCAUUUUUAAGUUAAAAUUGAGAACAUCUAUGAUAUACAGAGGGACCAUUAUAGACGGACAAAACUGACAUUAUCCUUCUAAACAAAUAAAUAAAAGUCAUCCCCGAUCAAACGGCAGAGCUACAGCCAACAAGUAAUAAAUAAAAGUCAUCCCCGAUCAAAUGGCAGAGCUACAGCCAACAAGUAUAAGGUAAGGUAAAGAAAAAAGGGCAGAGCUGCAGCUAGCGAAGUGACAAUGGCUUCCCUUCCCUUUGGUUUUUCUUCACUUCCCCGGUCCAGUUUCCGUCCGACACGCAACUUGAAAAUUCGGUUUUCCGCUGACCGUCAAGCACUGUUUAACCGCAUUGCCCCUGUUUAUGAUAACUUGAAUGAUCUCCUGAGUUUGGGUCAACACCGCAUAUGGAAAAGAAUGGCUGUUUCUUGGAGCGGAGCUAAAGAAGGGGACGACGUACUAGAUAUCUGUUGUGGAAGUGGGGAUUUGACAUUUCUUUUGUCUGAAAGAGUUGGACCCCAUGGCAAGGCGGCCGGUCUUGAUUUCUCAAAUGAACAAUUAUUAAUCGCUUCGACGCGGCAAAAAUUACGUUCGAAGGCAUGUUACAAGAACAUCAAGUGGAUGGAAGGCAAUGCACUUGAUUUACCCUUUCCCGACUCCUCCUUUGAUGCUGUUACUAUUGGCUAUGGGUUACGAAAUGUGGUCGAUAGACAUAGAGCUAUGGCAGAGAUAUGUCGAGUUUUAAAGCCAGGCUCAACGGUAUCUGUUCUUGACUUCAAUAAAAGUAUCAACCCCUUGAGCACGACAAUCCAGGAAUCGAUGAUUGACAAUAUAGUUGUUACUGUAGCGAGUGGUUAUGGCCUAGAAAAUGAGUACAAAUACUUGAAAAGCUCUAUCAAGGACUUUCUGACAGGAAACGAGUUAGAGAAGCUGGCUCUUGAAGUAGGAUUUUCCACUGCCAAACAUUUUGAGAUAGGGUUUGGAUUUAUGGGAAAUUUGUUAGCGACUCGCUAGAAUGACUUCGACUGCUUCAUCUUCCACUUGCCUUCAAAAGAGAGAAAAGAUGCAGUGACAAGAGGAAUGAGUGAUAUUUUUACCAAUCGAUAACAGUAGACUUCUUCCGUCGAUUUCAAGCCAUGCCGGUUAGUGAAUUGAGUAUUUCACCCUGACUUACUGAAGAAUGUAAUAUAAUUUACGCUGCACCAUUAUUUAUUGCCUGUUUCCUAA